CGUAUGACCUUACGCACGCACAACACUGUGUAUCCGGAAGUUUGAUACCCGAGUGCAAGAACAGUUUCAAGGGGAUUUUAUUUAGCACCGUAUUUACCACAAAACAAAACCACGUAUAUAAUGUUUCUGGGUCGUUGUUACAACGCGAUACUUUUGGACAGUUUUCAGGGCACAAGAAAACAGAUAUGUUAUUUGUUUUGCUUUGACAGAGGAGCAAACAGGAGACACGUGACUCGGUCACCCAGUGGAGGUGGACAUGGGAAAGGUGUGUGGUCGCUGGGCAGAGAGUUGAGCACAUCUGCUAAAGUGAUGCAGUAUGACAUGACCAGCUCAAACCUUGCAAAAUCUGGCCACAGAACACUUCUCUUUGAUACACAUGCAAUGGUCCAACUCCUGGAAGCGAGCGGGUUCACAAUGCAGCAGGCUGAGGUUAUUGUUAAAGUACUGCUCAAUACAACCAACACCAACAUGGACAUCAUGUAUAGUGAUAUGGUCACUAAGUCUCAGCAGGAAAUCAUGCUACAGAAGAUAAUGUCACACAUUGCAGCAGUAAAAAAAGACAUGAUCAUUUUGGAGAAAAGUGAAUUUUCCGCUUUACUGGCCGAGAACGAUAGAAUUAAAGUAGAUCUUUCACAAUUGAACAUGCAGCUUUCAGAUAUGCUGAAUAAAGUGCGCUUAAACAACAAGCUAGAUGUAAACACGGAAAAAAGCAAGGUGAAAGAGAAGAGGUCAGAGCAUGAAAAGAAGAUUCUGGAGACCAGAAACAGCAUGAUGGAAUUGCUUGCUGAACAGGACCGCCUGGUGACUCAGAGUAAUGUGAAAAUCGAUACCGAAGUAGCCGGACUAAAAACCAUGUUGGAAUCUCACAAACUGGACAGUUUUAAAUAUCUAGCAGGCUCAGUGCUCACAUGUCUCACAGUAGUGCUUGGAUUCUUUCGAAUAUGGAUGUGAAUGCAGAGAAAUCUUCACAAAACAAUACCCAACAUAUCUCUUAUAAGGACGAGCAUUAAAUCCUAGCGAAGAAAUUCCUGAUCAGCGUCGUAUCAGAGGAUUUCAUUUAGUUUGCAAUCUGACCAGAUCUUACAGGUUCUGAUGCUCCCUGUACUCCAUGUGAAGAAAUUCCCUGCUGCUGAGAACAUUGUUUUUUUAUUUUAUUUCGAUGUUCUAUAUUAAUUUUUGUUAAUAUUAGUGCAAUUAUUUGUGUAAAUACUUAUUACCUUUUUAUCUGAAAUGCACUUCAUAAGCGUUAUUGUUCUCAUUAAAUGUUCUGUUAGGGAAAUACGGACCGUGCCUUUUUGUCUCUGGGCAGAAAUGUAAAUAUAUACAUUUAUUUAUGUUUUAGCAAAUCAGUGACACUGCGAUCACAGCCUUACUAAUGGUUUCUAACUUGUAUAGAUCUGUACAAAUAACUAAACCGAUGAAAUAAAUGAAGUGACCAAAGACGA